AUGAGUCUUGAAUUUAAUGUCAAACACGCCGGAAAGGCUUACCCUAUAACGUUAAGCCAACAGGCCAAAGGCUCGGACUUGCUACUUAAAGUCGAAGAAUUGACUCAAGUACCUCAAGCACGUCAAAAGUACAUGCUUAAGGGAGGUUUGAAUGCUGAUUCGAAUCUCGCUGGUUUAAUAAAAAAUGGCCAAUCUGUCAUGGUUUUAGGAACUGCAGACGCGAAUCUGGUUAGCAAGCCCAAGAAAGAACAAAAGUUUCUCGAGGACUUGGACGAAAGUGCACAAUAUCAGCAAUUAUCACAGAUGCCACCGGGUUUGAAAAAUCUGGGCAACACCUGCUACAUGAACUCCACUUUGCAGGCUCUAUACCAGAUCGCGCCACUUCGCGAAGAAGUCUUGGGAUUUGACAAGCCGGGCAGUAGUGACGGGACCCAAGAUCACUUUCGGCUUGUGGCAGAGCUGAAACGCUGUUUCCAGUCGCUAAAGGAGAAAAAGGAAGAAUCGAUCACUCCUAUGCUCCUGUUGGCGAUGCUCAGAAAAUGCUACCCACAAUUUGCCGAACGUGACGAGCAGUCUGGUUUUUACAAGCAGCAAGAUGCCGAAGAGCUGUUCACGCAAAUAUUCCAUUCUUUGCAGGUUGUAUUUGGAGAACAGCUCACUCAAAAAUUUCGGAUCAACUUUCAGACAACAAUUAAAGACACCGCCAAUGAACAAGAUGUUACUGUGAGAGAUGAUGACAACGACAUGAAAUUACAAUGCCAUAUCUCAGGAACGACAAACUUUAUGAAAAGCGGAUUGGCCGAAUCGCUGAACGAGCAAAUAGAGAAGAGGUCCUCCAUUACCGAAGUUAACUCGAUAUUUAGCGUGGAGAAAAAAAUUACAAAGCUGCCUGAAUAUUUGACGGUGCAGUAUGUCCGAUUUUUCUGGAAGAGAAGCACUAACAAAAAAUCCAAAAUUCUGAGGAAGGUAGUUUUUCCAUUUCAGUUGGAUGUCAGUGAUUUGCUGGAGAGCAAGUAUGCUCAAGAGAAAAUCAAAAUCAGGGAAGCCCUUCGUGAAGUGGAAAAGGAAAAAAUCGAAGAUGACCGUGAAACCAAGAGACGGAGAAUGAAUGGUGACGAUCGUGACAACGAGUUGUCCGAGACAAUGACUCCGAGCGAAAUGGCUGAGACACAAGCUGCGAUUGCAGAGAGUAAGAAAGAAAAAUGGAGACAAGAAUUUCAAAAGAAGUUUCCCACCGAUCUAGCGCAAGGUGAGAACCCCUCUUGCGUUUAUAACCUGAUUGGCGUGAUUACACAUCAAGGUGCCAAUUCUGAGAGCGGCCACUACCAAUCUUUCAUACGUGAUGAAGAAGAUGAAGACAAAUGGUACCGCUUCAACGAUGACAAGGUGUCAGUUAUUCCUAAAGAGAAAAUAGAGUCCUUGGCAGGCGGCGGUGAAAGCGACAGCGCUUUGAUUCUAAUCUAUAAGGGGUUUGGCUUGUAA